CCGGUGACACGGCUGGCGCGGGCGGGCCCGUCCCCCCCUGCCCCUGGGUCGCUCUUUUUAAGCUCCCCUGAGCCGGGGCUGCGCUCCUCUAAUUGGGACUCCGAGUCGGGGCUAUUUCUGGUGUUGGCGCGGCUCCAAGAAGGCCCCGUCCCUCUUAACUGCCCCAUAGAGAAGGAAGAUGAGCGAGUCAGGCUCCAAGUCCAGCCAGCCCCUGGCCUCCAAGAAGGAAAAGGACGGCGCUGAGAAACGAGGCCGGGGCAGGCCACGCAAGCAGCCUCCGGUGAGUCCUGGGACGGCGCUGGUAGGGAGUCAGAAGGAGCCCAGUGAAGUGCCAACACCGAAGAGACCUCGGGGCCGACCAAAGGGAAGCAAAAAUAAGGGUGCCGCCAAGACACGGAAAGCUACCACAGCUCCAGGGAGGAAACCAAGGGGCAGACCCAAGAAGCUGGAGAAGGAGGAAGAGGAGGGCAUCUCCCAGGAGUCCUCGGAGGAGGAGCAGUGACCACCACGUGCAUUGCCGCCUGCUCCUUAGCCACUGAGGAGCAGCUUUCCCCCUGGGACUGGAAGCCCUGCUCCCAGGCCCCUCCCCGCCCCCACUGCACACUACCGCACCAGCUGCAGGCUCUGCGGCACCCCGGGGAGCAGGAUCUGGCUCAGUCCUUGUGCCCUCCUCUCGCCACACCUGCCCUCUCCUGACAAGGCUAACUUCCCACUUGGCCGCAGCCCAUCCUGCUGCGCACCUCCCUUAGAGACACUGCUCUCUGGGCUCUUUGUUUUGCGGGUCCCUUCUGCUCUGCUGUUCCUGGCUUCCCUGUAGAGGGUUCUGGGAGCAUUCCCUGGCCUUAAGGGGUCCCAGCCCCGUCUCACUCUGACAAGC